AUUACUGAGUCGGCAAUUCAAAGAGGGUAUAUGUAUUCACAAGUGGAGAAAUGGACGAUUGGUUUCUGAAGGUGAUUGUAAAGAACCCAACGCGGAAGAAAUUAUUUCACACCUACGAAAGAGAGUAGAAGCUGCAAAUACUAAAGAAAACCAAGUAAAAACAACAUCUUGUGGAGAGGCUCAGUCAAAAGACGCAAAAAUAUGGAAUGGAACAGGCGGAGUUUUUGACAUUUAUCCAGAGUUCAAUAAAAUAGAAGUUUAUUGUGAUCUAACAACCGAAUGUGGUGGAUGGCUGGUGUUUCAACGUCGCAUGAAUGGUCAGGUCAAUUUUUAUCGCGUUUGGAAUGAAUACGUGAAUGGAUUCGGAGACUCUGCCGGCGAACAUUGGCUCGGGCUUGAUAUCUUGCAUAAUCUAACUUCAAGUAGAAACUAUGAACUUCGCAUCGACAUGGCCGAUUGGGAUGGAAACAAACGCUAUGCGAAGUAUUCAAACUUCCGAGUAGGAAAUGCUCAAUCAUCUUACACACUCAACGUCAGUGGAUACUCUGGAAAUGCUGGCGAUUCGUUUACUGAGCACAAUGGAUUCAAAUUCAGUACAAAAGACAGGGAUUUUGAUACUGACGAAUCCAAGAAUUGCGCAGUUACCUACAGAGGUGCUUGGUGGUAUGAUGAGUGUCACAGGUCCAAUCUUAAUGGUCAUUACUUUGUAGGAGGACACCAUGACUCUUAUGGAGAUGGCGUAGAGUGGUUUGCGUGGAAAGACCAUCGAUAUUCAUUGAAAUUCACAGAAAUGAAAAUAAGAAUAAAAGUAUAGGGGGGUGUGGAUAUUCUGAAAACAUUUCAACAUUCAUACCCAAUAUUUUUCUUGUUGUUUAUCAAGAAGAAAAUUUUAUUUAUUGUUCCAAAUAUAUAAAAUACUUUUAUCCAAAAAGAAGAAUACAUAUUUUAAUUUAUUAUCCCAUUAAACUCUGCCUCCUAUUGAACUUUCAUUUAGUGAUGACCCAUGUGUU